AUUCUUCAAUUUCUUCGCAGCCCUCGUUUCAAAUCCUUUGCUCAAGAUGUCUUUCUCUUUUGUAACCGUUCUUUCUCUAAUCGUUGUGGCUAAUGCAGCAUACUACGGACCAGGAGGAAUGAGUAAAAUGGGCGGUGGCAUGGGCGGAGGUAUGAUGUCCAGUGGCAUGGGCGGCGGCAUGGGCAGAAUGAUGAUGGGAAUGGGCGGAGGAGGUAUGGGCGGCAUGGGAGGAAUGAAGGGUAUGAUGAUGCCCGGUAACAUGGGCGGUAUGAUGGGCGGCGGAGGAAUGGGCGGCAUGGGAGGAAUGGGCGGCAUGGGAGGAAUGGGCGGUAUGAAAUCUGCCUAUUAUGGAUAAGAAUUCGCUGAAGGAUUCUGUCUUCAUAAUCAAAGAAAGGAUUUCCCCCAUUGGUGAUUUAUGCUUCUCUAUAUCAGAAAAUAAAAGAGAUUCUAUUUUA